AAUAAGGCAGUACAGCUACAGGAGCCAGGCAGCAAUGUUGUCUGGCCGUAGGGCUGCUGUGAACGACCCGGAGAUGCAAAGGACUGCACAGGAUGGAGCAUCAUAGUGCAGGUGCAGUGUGUGCAAAAUGUCUUGUAUUGGUGAUUUACCCAGCCCUGGGAUUAAAUCACUCCAUGCUGAAAUCCUGUAUUUAUCUCCGCUGUGCAUGGCAGUGACCUCAGGCAUGACGUGCCAGGCCUCCCUCCACAGAGAUCAGAGAUGAUAAAGCUGUCUUUACACCAAUUUCUUCAGUCUGGAGUCUCUCCUGGCCAGAGAUUCCCUUUACCAUCAAACCAGCAGCUUGUCUCCAGAGGCUGAAUAUGACAGCUGAAAGCUCGGCUAACGUGAAAGACAGAAUGAGCUUCAAUCAGAUCGACAAGUAUCUCUACCACAUGCGGCUCUCGGACGAGACCAUCCAGGAUGUGGCUGAACGGUUCCGAAAGGAGAUGGAGAAAGGCCUGGGAGCAGACACCAACCCCACGGCCUCAGUAAAGAUGUUGCCUACAUUUGUGAGAUCCACCCCAGAUGGAACAGAGGAUGGAGACUUCCUGGCCUUGGAUCUUGGUGGUACCAACUUUCGUGUGCUGAGGGUGAAGGUGUCUGAUAAUGGACUGCAGAAGGUGGAGAUGGAGAAUCAGAUCUAUGCCAUUCCAGAGGAUCUCAUGAGGGGCAGUGGGGCUCAGCUCUUUGACCACAUAGCCGAAUGCCUGGCCAACUUCAUGGACAAGCUGGGCAUCAAGGAUAAGAAGCUGCCUCUUGGGUUCACCUUCUCCUUUCCUUGCCAUCAGACCAAACUGGAUGAGAGCUUCCUUGUCACAUGGACCAAAGGAUUCAAAUCCAGUGGUGUGGAGGGGAAGGAUGUUGUUUCCAUGCUACGUAAAGCCAUCAAGAAACGAGGGGAUUUUGACAUAGACAUUGUUGCUGUGGUGAACGACACCGUUGGGACAAUGAUGACUUGUGGCUAUGAUGAUCACAACUGCGAGAUUGGGCUUAUUGUUGGCACUGGUACCAAUGCGUGUUACAUGGAGGAAAUGAGACACAUCGACUUGGUGGAAGGGGAUGAGGGGCGGAUGUGCGUCAACAUGGAGUGGGGUGCUUUCGGUGACGACGGGGUGCUGAAUGACAUCAGGACAGAAUUUGACCGUGAAAUCGACAUGGGCUCGCUCAACCCAGGCAAACAGUUGUUUGAAAAGAUGAUCAGCGGCAUGUACAUGGGGGAGCUGGUCAGGCUCAUUCUGGUGAAAAUGGCCAAGGAAGAGCUGCUGUUCGGCGGGCACCUCACCCCUGACUUGCUCACAACGGGACACUUCGAAACCAGAUACGUGUCUGCAAUCGAAAAGGAGAAAGAAGGACUGCAAAAAGCCCAUGAGGUCCUGACAAAGCUGGGACUGGAGCCAUCUCAUGAGGACUGCGUUGCCACCCACCGCAUCUGCCAGAUUGUCUCCACCCGCUCGGCGAACCUGUGUGCUGCCACCCUCGCUGCCGUGUUGCGGCGCAUCAAGGAGAACAAGGGUGUGGAGAGGUUACGCUCCACUGUCGGUGUGGAUGGCACGGUGUACAAGAAACACCCCCAGUUUGCUCGACGCCUGCACAAGAUGGUGCGGAAGCUGCUACCAGACUGUGACAUCCGGUUCAUCCGGUCAGAAGACGGGAGCGGCAAAGGAGCUGCCAUGGUCACCGCGGUGGCUUACAGACUUGCAGCCCAGCAUAAGGCCAGGCAGAAGACCCUGGAAGCGCUGAAACUGAGCCAAGAACAGCUUUUGGAAGUGAAGAAGAGGAUGAGGGUAGAGAUGGAGAGGGGCCUGAGGAAGGAGACGCACCCAGAGGCCACGGUGAAAAUGCUGCCCACUUACGUGCGUUCCACUCCGGAUGGAACAGAAAAAGGAGACUUCCUGGCUCUGGACCUCGGGGGAACUAAUUUCCGGGUGCUGCUGGUGCGUGUGCGAAAUGGUAUGAGGCGUGGUGUUGAAAUGCACAAUAAGAUCUACUCCAUCCCACAGGAGAUUAUGCAAGGGACAGGAGAGGAGCUCUUCGACCACAUCGUCCACUGCAUUUCUGACUUCCUGGAAUACAUGGGAAUGAAGGGAGUGUCACUUCCCCUGGGAUUCACCUUCUCUUUCCCUUGCCAACAGACUAACUUGGAUGAGGGGAUACUUUUGAAAUGGACAAAAGGCUUCAAUGCCAGUGGAUGUGAAGGAGAAGACGUGGUGAAUCUGUUGAAAGAAGCGAUCCACAGGAGAGAGGAGUUUGACCUGGAUGUGGUGGCAGUGGUGAAUGAUACUGUAGGCACCAUGAUGACCUGUGGUUAUGAAGAUCCUUAUUGUGAAGUUGGGCUCAUAGUUGGCACAGGCAGCAAUGCCUGCUACAUGGAAGAAAUGAGGAACGUGGAGCUGGUGGAAGGAAAGGAGGGCAGGAUGUGUGUGAACAUGGAGUGGGGGGCGUUUGGAGAUAACGGCUGCUUAGAUGAUUUCUGGACGGAGUUUGAUGUGGCGGUGGAUGAGCAUUCCCUGAAUCCUGGGAAACAAAGGUUCGAGAAGAUGAUCAGUGGUAUGUACCUAGGCGAGAUUGUCCGAAAUAUCCUGAUUGACUUCACCAAGCGGGGGCUGCUCUUCCGGGGACGCAUCUCUGAAAGGCUGAAGACCCGGGGCAUAUUCGAGACAAAGUUCCUGUCUCAGAUUGAGAGCGACUGCCUGGCCCUGCUGCAGGUCCGCUCCAUCCUGCAGCACCUUGGCCUGGAGAGCACGUGUGACGACAGCAUCAUCGUGAAGGAGGUGUGCACUGUGGUGGCCCGGCGUGCUGCUCAGCUUUGCGGGGCUGGGAUGGCAGCUGUGGUGGACAAAAUUAGGGAGAACCGACAACUGGACUUCCUCAAGGUCACCGUUGGCGUAGACGGGACACUCUACAAGCUGCAUCCUCACUUCGCCUCCAUCAUGCAUGAAACAGUGAAGCAGCUGUCCCCGAAGUGCGAAGUGACCUUCCUCCAGUCAGAAGAUGGCAGCGGUAAAGGCGCGGCGCUCAUCACAGCAGUGGCGUGCCGGAUCCGGGAGGCUGGGCAGCGAUAAGAGGCGGCGGCUUGGGUUUUGCAACUAAACAACACAAUGGACCCGCUCCCCAACCCCGUUCCCCCUCCCUGAUGAGAGCAGACUCUUAGCUUUACUUGUUCUCAUGAGAGUCCACCACCGAGAGCUGAGAUGCUGUGUGUUCUGUACAAAGCGAUUGUCUUAGGAGUUCUACUGCAUGCCAUAAAGCUACCUAUCAAGUAAAGCUGACAGUGUCAUUUGGCUGUGUACCUCCAUCCCCAGUCCAAACCCCUUCUGUUCCACCUGCAGCCUAUUUAAAAUACUAAGCUUCCUCCUCCCAACCCCAAUCUCGUUUGCUGCAUAACCAUAGAAGGAUAAUGCUAGAGUAAUGAAGACACUGCAUUGUCACUUUACAGUUCCUGGUAUCUAUUUAUAUAUGUCCAAGACUUAGUGUCAGCACUCUAGAAAGCAAACCUCUUUAAGAUUGGGCUAAAGACCUCCACUAGUCUUUUACCCUGAUCAAGGCUGUUGUUAUUUCCAUGAAAGUCAUGGUAACUCUUAAAAGCACAGGGUGCAGAUGUCCAAAUUCGCAACUGCAGGAUACAAAGUAUCUGUCCAGAGUGGUGUGUACUAUUAAAGUACCUGCUGGAAUCGCGUUAAAGGUGCCACUUUGACUCGACUAGCAGAGCAUGUGCCUGGAAAUACUUGGGGACUCAGGGUAUAGUCCCGCUUCCCAGCUUCUCUUCCCUCCCCAACUUUUAAAUGUAGUAGUUGGAACGUGUGCCUGUCUGUGUUCACCCCAUCAGAGGCCACUGAUGCCCACUAGUUGUGCAUGUGGUAAUAGAAAAAACAAACCAUCACCAAAGUAAACAGUGUCUCUUCCACAAAUGUUUCAACAGUGUAUCUUCAAUCUGUGUGGUGAGUUUAAUUGUUUUUUGUCUGUGAAGUAGCUCUGAAAUAAGUCACGUCUGGAUUUAUAUGCUGUAUUUAUGUUUGGAGAGGUCUUAUGUCUGUUCAUGUACAUAGUCAUGGAAGGGGAAUUAUGUUGAGUAGUUGCUGAUUUAAUAUUUUAAUGCAGUUCAAGAAAACGGUACAGAUAACUUUUUUUUUUUUUUUAAUUGAAUAUGAUUUUCUUGGGGCAGAUUGAAAAAUGAGACUGAGAUUUCUGAGGACAACCAGCAGUUCAGCCAUUUCAGGUCCAGUAUCCCCAGGGGGAAAUGGAAAUGUGAAUGGAGAGCCCGGGACAAAGGGACUGGAUACUGGAGUCUCUGACUCUAUCAGUUGUUUGCCCGCAUGAGUGCUGGGUGCUUGUGGCACUCGCCCUCACUGAAGUCACCAGGGGCUUUAUCCUGCUGGUGCUAAAGUCAGCUGCUAAAAUGCCCAUUGACCUCAGCUGGCAUUUUACCAUUGACUUUGAGGAAUCAGGGUUUUGGGCCUGUUUCGCAGUAGCUUCAGCCUCACUUCUGCAUAACUUCAAGCAUGUGUGUAGUCCUUUGCAGUCAAUACAAGUAUGCACAUGCUUGCUGGUAAGAACCUAGGUGUGUCUGCAUAUGUGUAUGCAGGAGGUGUGGGGCAUUAGGGAGAAAAUAAGCAUAAUUUAAGAUGGAUUAUAUUUGCUAAUUAAUCCCUACAAUUUCAACAGCCCUGUCCUUUCCAAAUUGGCAGCCCCAGAGCUAACUGCAAGCUAACCCACACCCUCACAUCUGCUUUUACAAUGAGGAAGAGAUAAUGAUUUUACUGACAAAAGGCUCUGUGAAGGAACUAAAUUUGCCAUUUCUUUUACCCAAACCAGCAAAUUUAUAUGGGGGAGCUGAAGGGGUGGGAAUGACUAUUUUCUGUAACUGUUUAAUGUAAACUAUCGUGUGAUCAGUGAGAUACAAACAAUAACCUUCACCUGACUUUCAGCUGGGAGGAUGUUGUGG